GUCACUAGGGGGAGAAUCAUAUCUUCCUGUAGCCCGGCGGCCAAUCAUUCCCUACUUCCGGUGUGUGCGUUCCACCUUACUUCCGGUCUGUGCAUUUCAUUCUAUUUCCAGACACUGGAUGCCUCGGUGUCCGUAGAGAUCAGACACUCCAGCUGUUCUGUGUUCUCAGUGAUUCCAUGAGGAUGGACAAGGACAGGAGUCACAAGACCAAGAUGAUAAUAAAUAUCACCCUGGAGAUCAUUUACCUGCUGACUGGGGAGGGUUACAAAGUAGUGAUGAAGACAUCCAGUGAUUUUGAGACAACCAGCAGCCGUCCCCGUGUGCCAGGAGGACUGAGCAAGAACCAGAGCCCCAUCACAGUGGCUCCACAUCACUCACUGAUACAUGAGAGACACAAUGACAAGAAGAUCCUGGAACUCACCAACAAGAUCAUUCAGCUGCUGACUGGAGAGGAGGGGGAGUAUAUAGAGGAACACAGGGGUCUAUACAAGGACGUGAUGAUGGAGAAUCACCGGCCCCUCACAUCACUGGAUGGGCCCAGUAACAGAGAUACCCCAGAGAGAUGUCCCCGUCCUCUGUAUUCCCAGGACUGUACAGAGGAGAAUCACAGGAUCCCACAGGAAGAUCAGGAUGAAGACCCCACUAAUAUUGCGGUAGAAGAUACAAGAGAAAAAGAAGAGACGGAUGUGACUGAUAUAAAACCAGAAGAUAUAGAAGGAGAAGAAGAGACGAAUGUGACGGAUAUAAAGGGAGAAGAAGAGACGGAUGUGACUGAUAUAAAGGCAGAAGAUACAGAGGGAGAAGAAGAGACGCAUGUGACUGAUAUAAAGGCAGAAGAUACAGAGGUAGAAGUAGAGACGUAUGUGACUGAUGUAAAGGCAGAAGAUACAGAGGAAGAAGAAGAGAUGUGUGUGAGGGGUGAUCCGCAGUGUAAGGAGGAGGAGAUCCCUACAGAUAUCAGCACAGCAGAUGAAUGCAAAAGCAGGAACACCUCAGAUGGUUAUCUCACUUUGCCUCCAGAUAACAUCACACAAGACUCUCAUGAAGACAACCACAUUACUCUAAAUAUAUCACCGUGGGGUGAUGGAUCUAUAUCAUCUGCUCCCUCUAAUCAUACAGAAUCCGCUCUUGAUAAUUCAGAUAUUACUACGCAUAGCCCAGCUCAGAGCGGUGGUAAAAUCUUUUUCUGUUCACAAUGUGGGAAAUGUUUUACACAUCACUCAGUCUUUGUUAUACAUCAGAGAAUUCAUACAGGUGAGAAACCAUUUUCAUGUUCUGAGUGUGGGAAAUGUUUUACACAAAAAGCACAUCUUAUUAAACAUCAGAGAAGUCACACAGGUGAGAAACCAUUUUCAUGCUCUGAGUGUGGGAAUUGUUUUACCAACAAAUCAGUACUUGUUAAACAUCAAGGCAAUCACACAGGUGAGAAGCCAUUUCCAUGUUCUGAGUGUGAGAAAUGGUUUGUUAACAAGUCAGAUCUAGUCAGACACGAGAGAAGUCACACAGGUGAGAAACCAUUUCCGUGCUCUGAGUGUGGAAAAUGUUUUACAAACAAAUCACAUCUUAUUAGACAUCAGAGAACGCACACGGGUGAGAAACCAUUUACGUGCUCUGAGUGUGGGAAAAGUUUUGCAAACAAAUCAGAUCUUGUGAAACAUCAUAUAAUUCACACAGGAGAGAAACCAUUUCUAUGUCAAGAGUGUGGGAAAUGUUUUAAAUUUAAAUAUCAUCUUGCUUCACAUCAAAGAAGUCACACAGGUCAGAAACCAUUUCCAUGUUCCGAGUGCGGGAAAUGCUUCACAAAUAAUUCAGUGCUGGUUAAACAUCAGGUAACUCACACAAAUUAGAAACUAUUUCCAUGUUCUGAAAUGUUUCAAAGUUAAAAGGUAUCUUGUUCAGCAUCAGAGAACCCACAAAGGUUGCCAUAUUCAUGAUCUGGGUGGCGAAAUGAUUUGCUACACGUUCUCUGGUUGGGUAUCUGUCUUUCCCGCCUCCUACGGAGUUAGUGAGAACUUCACACACCUUCUCUUUGGACUUGAUGAAGAACAUUAAGGACAUUUCUGUAAUUGACAUCUUGAUGGAUCUUCCCAUUUAUAUAUUGUCCAAAUUAGAUUGGUGGUAAGGUGACAAGAGGCACAGAAGACGGAUGGCUGUCAUGUCAAAGUAUUAUGUUAAAUUCAUAAUUUCUCUGACGUCCUAGUGGAUGCUGGGAACUCUGUAAGGAC